ACUGUGCACUCGUGAAAUCGAUGGUUAAGCUUUUUGUCUAUUAGCAAACUGUAAUUGAAUGCACUCAAAUAUCACACUUGACAAAUUAUAGGAAAAUAUUCAACAUGAUAGGAUAGAUGCAGGUGAGGAGAGUGAGGAGAGUAUCAACCACUCACUUACUUCAUCCUCUUUAUAUAAAAACAAAUAUGGAAUAUGAAUGAUCAUCAAAUUCUACUUACAAAUCAGUAUUCACCAGAGUUGAUUUCACAUGUCACUUUGAAUCUCUCCUCUUCGCAUUCAAAGUGGAUUCAACUCACUGUCUAAUGAUGAAUAUAAAUGCUCAAUAUCUUCCGGGAAGUCCAUCUCAAACUUCAUCUCAUCCUGUUUGUUUACUUAGAGAAUCGAAAAAUUCUUCUUCUUCUCCUUCUUCUUCCUCUUCUGCUGCUGCUGCUUCCGCUUCUUCUGAAAGACGUUCAUCAAUAGAUCGGAUAAGAAAUGCAUCGUUAGGUAAACAUAAAAAUGAACAUUUUCAUAGUCCUACAGUGUUUUCUAAUGGUCAGUCAUGCAGUAUACUGAAUGCCCCGAAACCUUCACUGGAAAUCAGUGAAGACAAUAUCUUAUUCGGCAAAAAACAAUAUUCAGUUCAACUAAACCGUGAACCACAAAACAGUGUAAAUCCUCAAAAUAUUACCAGGACUAGUCUGAUUCCUAGCACAAAUCAACCGAAACACCGUCGUCAUCAUCAACAGCAACAACAUCACAGACAGCGACAGCAACAUCGAGGAGAACAGGAGCAACCAACACUAACCAAUCAUGCCAAUUUCGCAACAUACACUCCUUCCACAAAACCAUCACUGAGAUAUUAUGCCCAUGAGACAAUUAGAAAUUCAGCUCUUGUCGGAGCACCGAGACUUGCCUUAAGUGUUUCAUUUCAAAGUGGUCAAAACAAUCCUGAUGAACAUAUGAAUAAUAUGAGUUACUCUCCAAUCAAUUCUUCCUUGAUAAAUGUGAGUACAAGUUUGUCUUACGGUGAUGGUGGUAAUCAUGGAAAUGAUGACGAGUACGUUAAAGCAUUGGGAGAAUGCAGCAAUUUGGAUGUCACAGAUAAUGAUAAUGAUUCAUCUGUUCCAUCAAACGAACUACGUUAUACAUGCGUUGAACAGGCAAAAUGUUCAAACCUGUGUCAGAUGAAUGGCACCAGUGUAAUGGCUUUUCGAUGCAGAAUAUGCUUAGAAGAAGGGGAAGAAGCAGAGCAGCUAUUAUCAGCAUGUCGUUGUAAAGGAACUGUUGGAUUAGUGCAUAAACGUUGUCUUGAGAAAUGGCUUUUAACUUCGGGGCAACCAAACUGUGAGCUAUGCGGUUAUGCUUAUAUAAUGACACCGUCUGAAAGAUGUUCAUCUCGGUUCUCAUCGUUAGAUCACUUGCCACGUUUCAGUAAUGAGAUGAGAAGUGUUCGAAACUGGUUGAACUGGCAGCGAACAAGGCGACACUUGAUCGCCGAUGUGAUAUGCAUGAUUUUGCUGACGCCUGCAACCUACAUAGGAGUCUAUCUGUGUGUUCUGGGAGCACUCGACUAUACACAGACUAAUCCACUUGGAUGGCAAGUUUUCGGAUUAUGGGGACUUGCAGUACUUCUAAUCCUGUUACUAACUAUAUGGAUGAUUUUAGUUGUUAAACAUCACUUGGGGAAUUUUCGCAACUAUCAGUAUCAUCAACAAGAAAUUGCUUUAGCUGAGGCAGUUCGACUAUCAGCUCUUCCGAGAUAUCGAUUUUCUGUGCAGCCUAGACCUCGAGGAUCAUCUGUUGUCCUGUGCAACUUACACAGGGAAGAAGAAAUAUCGCCUAUACCAUCGGUGUGUGAGGCACAGAUUUCAUCUGCAUCGAACAUGAGAAGCGUAGAUCUGAAUCAGUCAUACUCCAGUGAUCAGUCUCCAACCUCGAGUAGAUCAGUCUCCAGCUGAAAUCAAAAGAUUUUCGUGUCAGUUGCAUUGACCACUGUUCGUGAAGCAGCUGACGACUUUUCCACUUCAAACAGCAACACAAACUAUGCAAACAUCGCUGAACUCUGACUUUACAUGUUCAUGUUUUUUCCCAUAUCUAAAUACUGUACUAUUUUCGAACACCUUCCUGCAAUCUGCAUGUUGGAUCACUCACUGUCUUAUGUAUGAACAGUAAGCUUAACCGCUCACAUUUCAUGAGCUUUUGUGGUUACCUUAGAAAGCGUUUUGUGUGCGUGCGAUAUGCAUUUUUGAUCAAGAAAGCAUGAAGUUAGGUAAAAACACUGAAGUGGUUUCUGUCUCAAUUUUCACAGUAGUUAUCCAUGACUGAUCAAUUGGGUGUUUC